GUGGCUGUGGCACAUCCUAGGGCACUGACACAGCGAAUGAAGCACCUCCAUCUGCGCUCCUAAAACGGCGGCAACAAACCAAGGAGAAAACAAUGGAUGGAUGAGAAGAAGAGAGAGAUGAGAAUCUAAGGGAAAAGUCUAAAGGUAGGAGAGACUCACUGGGAGUAGAUGGAGAGAGCAGAAAAAGUUGAGCAAUAUUUGUUAAUGAUUAACAAGAUUUGAGAAAGAAGAUUUAGGAAAGGAGGAAAAUCUCAGCCGAAGGAAGGAUCAGAAUACAUUUGCAAAGGGCUCUUCACACGGAGCCCUGGCCAACCACAUGCCCAUCGAAUUUGUUUGUAAAAUCAAGUUCGCUGAGGGCGAAGAAGCCAAGGGGGCCUCGACAGAAGGAGGAGGAACCGGCAUGCUAGAUGAAGGCCUUCGGCGGCAAAAAGAAGGCAUGGCUGACCUGGCAUCCUUUGCAAGCUCCUCUUCACUUCACGGUUUGGCUCGGGCACUAGGGACCUCGGAGCGCUUGGGUUUCAGACAGACUCUUUGGGGACUGGCACUGCUGGUCUCGCUUGGUCUCUUCCUGUACCAGGCGACAUGGAGUGCGGCGACUUAUCUGGAGCGUCCCCACCUCGCAGCUCUAAGGGAAGAAACCCGCCGAGAGCUCACCUUUCCGGCCAUCACGCUCUGUAACGUCAACAGAUUCCGCUUCUCUGCCCUCACAGAUGCGGACAUCUACCACUUGGCUAACCUCACCGGCCUUCCGCCCAAGAGCCGUAAAGGACACCGGCCAAGCGAGCUCCAGUACCCACCCCCAAACAUGCUAGACAUUUUCCAGAGGACUGGCCACCAGCUGGAAGACAUGCUGAAGAGCUGCAACUUCAGCGGGCAGAACUGCUCAAGCGAAGACUUCAGCGUGGUUUACACACGGUAUGGGAAAUGUUACACAUUUAAUGGAAACAAGACGUCACCCAAGCGUGUAAGGCAAGGUGGCACAGGAAACGGCCUGGAGAUGAUGCUGGAUAUUCAGCAGGACGAGUAUCUGCCUAUCUGGAGAGAAACCAACGAGACUACGCUGGAAGCAGGUAUUCGGGUUCAGAUACACAGUCAGAAUGAACCCCCGUACAUCCACCAGCUGGGCUUUGGAGUCUCACCAGGAUUCCAAACAUUUGUUUCCUGCCAGGAACAGAGGCUAACAUACCUGCCACAGCCGUGGGGAAACUGUCGGGCUUCAUCCGAGCCUGUGAUCCCAGGAUACGACACCUACAGCGUCAGCGCCUGCAGACUGCACUGUGAGAGCACACAGGUGCAGAGAGAGUGCAACUGCAGGAUGGUGCAUAUGCCAGGUGAUGCUGAUAUCUGUGCACCCAGUAAAAUCAAGUGUGUUGACAAGGCUUUGGCUUCACUCCAGAAGAGCACAGGUGACUCAUGUCCCUGCGAGACACCCUGUAAUUUGACCCGGUAUGGGAAAGAGCUCUCUAUGGUUAAAAUCCCCAGCAGAGGCUCUGCUCGCUACCUUUCUCGCAAGUACCAGAAGUCAGAGGAGUACAUCAGAGACAACUUUCUCAUCUUGGAUAUUUUCUUUGAGGCCCUUAACUAUGAAACGAUUGAGCAGAAGAAAGCGUACGACAUCGCUGGUUUGUUAGGAGACAUUGGUGGACAGAUGGGCCUCUUCAUUGGAGCCAGUAUUCUUACCAUACUGGAAAUACUCGACUACAUCUAUGAGGUAGCCAAAAACAAAAUCAAGCAACUCCUGAAACCAAAGAAGAGCCAGAAACAAACCAACCAACGGAACUUGAUCCAAGAGCAGAUCCAGAGAACCAAGAACCUGCGGGAGCAGAACCUGAAAGCUCAGCUAACUGCCGGAGCAAUAGCUACAGUCAGGUUUGAAGAAGUCAAAGUCAAGGCAGCUAAUGAUGUGGCUCAACCACACAGCGCACAUCCAACUUCGGUAUUACCAAAUCAUCACAAUGCACAACAAGCCGUACAGCAGGACUUUGCUUGUUAAAGGACGACUUCUGUCUGUUCAUUUUUUCAUAUCACCGAACUUGACGUUGGGGUCUUGGAUGGAUCCUGUACACAUUUCUCCUUUUUUCACUUAUAAAAGCUACAGCCAAAGCAUAAUCCAGGACCUCAUGUGAAACCGGUUCAAACUAGUCACAAUGAAAAAACCACAUGUUUUUUUAGAUUUUUUUUUUCCUCUCUCUGGAUGGACAUAUCAUGGACUGCAUAAAAGAAAAUGACCAAGGCGCCACUUGAAUUUGGCAUAUAAUUCAUACUGG